AUGAGUACAAAGCUGAAACCACCACCUCGUCGAUUCUCGACGCUCGGCGCGUCAAAUAAGCGAAAAGAGAGGGACGGUUUUGACGCCCAUGAAAUUCCUAAAAUACCCAAGUUCAUAACUCCCCAAGCCGCCACCGUCACCGCCUCCCCAAAAUCCCUGGAGCCGGCUUCGCACAAUAGGCUCUUAGCUGGAUACCUGGCCCACGAGUUCCUCACUAAGGGAACUGUUUUCGGCGAAAAAUGUCCUUCGGCUAGAGCCGAGGCUAAGCCUGUACCAGCGGAGUUGAAGAAGGGUAGGGGAGGAGCCGAGCUGAAAAUGGAGGCUUUAAAGAGAUACGUGGCAGUAUCAGAUUUGCUAAAAACGGAAGGGGCCCAUAUCCCGGCAUAA